AUGAUGGAGGACGGAGAAAAUGAGUUAUUUUUAGAGAAUGUUGAUAUUAACGAUGACGUGGUAACUUUAAGAGAUCUAUUUGAAAGGCGAAAAAUAUUGUUGCGAAAAAAGAAGGAAAUAUUGAAUAAACAAUAUUAUGCAAAUAAACUUGCUGCAGAAAAUCAGCAACAAGAACUAGUUUCCGUUCCUUUGUCAGGGGAAUUAGAGCAAGAACCUCCGAAUCAAAAUUUGACAUCCGAAUUGACUACGCUUACAACAAUAUUGGAUACUACUUCAACACAGAAUAGAGAUGAGAAUAUUACUUCUAUUGAUGUAAACAUUAAUAUAGUGGAGCCUAAUAAAAAUGACCUUGAAUUUUCGUCCGAUGAUUCAGUCACUGAUCCUUCAUUUGUCGCCCUCUCAGACAUAACAAAUUUAAAGCCACUAUCACCAGCAAAUACGGAGUGGUUUCCCGAAAGGGAAAUAGAAAAUACGGCGAAGAAAAAAUGGAAGAAAGCGGAAAGGGAAUCCUAA